AUGCAGAGAGAGGGGGUUAGCGCUUGCAGAGAGGGAGUGAGCACAGGAGGAGAGAAAGGGAGUGUGACAGAAAAUAAAGAUAGAUAUUGAGAGCGCUGAGGAAGAGUGACAGAGAGUGACAGCCCAGAGAGAAAGAGAGGGAGGGAAGGAAAGAGAGGGAGAGAGGGAGGGAAGGACUGACCAGAAUGACGGAGGGAGGAGGGACAGGAGGAGGAAAGAAGAGGAGAGGAAGAGAGAUAUUGAAAGAGUCAGCACAGUUAGCGAGUGAGGGAGGGAGCCAGUGAGAAGAGAGAAAGAAAGAGGGAGAAAGAGGGAGCAAAAAAAUAAAGAGCAAAAGAGGUACAGCUCAGCAAAUCAGGGCUUUCAGCCAGCACAGCUAUUCCCUACUCAGCUGUUGUGUUCCAGCCAGAGAGGAGAGUUUCACUCGAUAGAGCAACAAAAAAACGAGAGAAAGAGAGAGGGGAAGAAGCUAACUCGCUGUGGAAGAGUGGGAGAGAGAAAGCGAGAGAGCGAGAGAGCAAGGGAGACAGAGAGAGCGAGAGAGAGAGAGAAUAAAAGGUUCUCUGUCCAGAGUUUAGGAGGAGAAAAUGGAUUCCGACUCGGGGGAGCAGAGUGAGGGGGAUCUCUCUCCAGGCCAGGAGUGUUUCAACUCUCGCUCCCUGGCCCUCCAGGCACAGAAGAAGAUCCUAUCCAAGAUGGCGACCGUGGCAGUGGCCAACCUCCUGACGGACGACGUCAGCAGUGAGAUCCUGGACGAGCUGUACAAGGUCAGCCGGGAGUUCACCAAGAGUAAGAAGGAGGCCCACAAGAUCGUCAAAGACGUCAUCAAGAUCGCCCUGAAGAUCGGUAUCCUGUACCGCAACCACCAGUUCAGCCCAGACGAACUGGACACGGUCGAACGCUUCAAGAAGAAGAUGAACCAGGCAGCCAUGACGGCGGUCAGCUUCUACGAGGUGGACUACACGUUCGACCACCGCAUUCUGUCAGAGUUGCUGCUGGAAUGCCGGGAUCUUCUGCAUGCGCUGGUGGAGCAGCACCUGACCCUGCGGUCGCACACUCGCAUCGACCACGUGUUCAACCACUUUGCCCACGGGGAGUUCCUGGCCGAACUGUACGGAGACGGAGAGGAUUACAGACUGUACCUGAGGAAGAUCUGCAACGGGAUCAACAAACUGCUGGACGAGGGAACGCUUUAACCUCUGACCCCUGAUCUCUCACCUCUCACCUGACAUUUGACCCUGCUCCUCCCUUCUCCAUGGUUGUGGCUCAAUAAUCCCCCCUUUCUCCUGAAGUGUGCACUUGUUCACUUCCCUUCAUGGAUUUGAAAGGAAAUUAUUGGUAUAUGGAACUUCCUUGUAGCCCAUGCCUACACCAAUAUUUUUACAUUUGUGGGGAGUAGCAGAUGAGUGCACACUUCAGGAAGAAGGAGAGAUUAUUGGGACACACUCCUCCUCUUCCUCCGGUCUCUCCACGGAUCUGCUUUCCCUCCUCACAUUCCUUCUCUUUUUAAAAACCCUGAUCUGUUCUGUUCUACCUUCUUUUUCCUCCUGUUCUCCCACUUCCUCCUCUCUUUUCUCUCCUCCUCUCCCACUUCCUCCUCUCUUUUCUCUCCUCCUCUCCCACUUCCUCCUCUCUUUUCUCUCCUCCUCUCCCACUUCCUCCUCUCUUUUCUCCCCUCCUCUCCCACUUCCUCCUCUCUUUUCUCUCCUCCUCUCCCACUUCCUCCUCUCUUUCUCUUCCUCCCACUUCCUCCUCUCUUUUCUCUCCUCCUCUCCCACUUCCUCCUCUCUUUUCUCUCCUCCUCUCCCACUUCCUCCUCUCUUUUCUCUCCUCCUCUCCCACU